AGGAAUCUUGAAAAAUUAGCACCCCCGAAAGACUCAGAAGAUGGAGCUUUUAUUGAGGUGCAUGUUGACCAGAAGAAUGGAACCUUACAUGUUUGUAAUAAAUCUGAGGAAAACUCUCUUAGUUGAAAUAAGAAUAAAAAGGUAAAAUCUCCCAAUGCAAUCAUAAGCAAGAAGGUUGAGCCAGUUGAGACGAAGAGGAAGCAUGAAGAAAUGUUAGAAACCAGGAAAGAAUUGAGCAUUGCCAACAACAAGAGACCAAUAUAGACUGGAAUGAAAAUAGAAUAAUCGAAACCAGCAAAGAGUCAUACACUUGUCAGACUAACUUCUAAGAAUCAUUCAGAAGAUUUCAUUAAUGGCGACAUAAAUUUUGGAAAAAAUGACGAAAGAAACUCGAAUAGCAAAGCACAACAGACAAUAGAGACACAGGAAGAGACAAAUGAAUCAAGGAUCCAUAGUCAAGUAUUUAAGUCUGAACUACCCAGGAAUAUUAAAGAGCAAUCAAAAAGACUAAAAUAAAAAUAUAAAAACUGUAAACCAAAUACCAAAAGAUCGUCAAAGUUUUGAGUAUGUCUCUUCUAAAUCCAAGAUAAUUAUGCUAAAGAAAAGGCGAAAGAAGUCAAGCCAUAAUGCUCACACCAAGAGCUAUAAGAUCUCUAACACAACUCUAAGUCUUCCCAAUUCUUCAUUUAAGGCGAACAGGACCAUUCCUUCUGUGCCUAUAGAAUUCCUUCUGAAGGCGAUUUCUCCUCGCCAGUAUGAUAAGGUCAUAGCUAAAUAUAACAAAAGUAGAAAGAAAGGUAAGCAGCCACUUUACCCGAAAAAUAUUUUUGCUGAACUUGAUCUUGGAGCCGCUCAAGAAAUAGAGAAGUCUAGCAGGGAGUAUGAAUACAUACUAAGGUGAAAACAAAAAUCCUUCAUGGCAAGAAUGAAUGAAGAUGUUUAUAAACGUCAAAAAUAGACACAAGAACCUAUGUAAAGACCACGUAAAUACAAGAGGGAAUAAUCAUGCCUCUCUCAGUUGGGAAAGAGCAGUGCAAUUAAGUGACAGAUUAUACAAGGAAGGCAAUAAAAGCUUAAUCUCUACUUCCCAAAUCCGCUGAGACGCUCACACUCUUCGCCAUAACACACCCUACUCCUUCAGCUCUCCAAUACACCAUACCCCCUCUCCACCAAAAUAAUUUCACAAAAAUCCUUCACAGGAUGAAAUCCAAAGACACCGCUGCCAAAAUUCAAAUCUUAAACCUCCGCAAAUCAAAACGCCACUUCGAACACAAUCAGGCCCAAAAACUCCUCAACCAGAACAUCAGCAAUGGCAAGAUGCCCAAAACUCAGUUUGAGAAGUUACAGAGGAAAUUUGAAGAGGAUAUUGAGAAGAGGAAGAGGGAGUAUGAUGAGGAGAUUGACAGGAAGUGAAAGAGGUUUGAAGAGGAGGUGAAAGAUAUGUUUAAGCCGAAAUUAGGGAAAUCGAAGAGGAGUCUUGGGAAGUUGAGAAAAAGGGAACUUUUGUUGAAAUCGCUUGGGAAGGCGUUUUGACAGAAGAGAGUUUUGAGGAAAGUAACGAUGCCAGUGGAGCUCUUGAAGAAGUCUACUCAGAAGGCUUCUCAGCAGUUGAAGUCUCCUAAUGAGAGGAUUAAUGUCAAGAGAGGUUCAAUGAAGAAGAGUAAACAAAAUAAGAUAUUGUACCAUUACCUAACUAAAACUCCUAAGGAAAGGAAUAGAGAUUUGACAUAUUUAAGAGAUUCUUCUAGUAAAAAGAUUCGAAAUUUUGAGAUUCUUAAACAAAAUGAAACAGUUCAAGAAAGGGAUAUAACUAAAAAGUUAAAACUUACAGAGGACACUUUAGAAGAUAGAGCUGAAUCUAGAGAAGAACAUGCUUGAUUUACAAAAUCUGAAUCUAAAAAUAGCCCCUUGGAUCACUCUUCUCAGACUAAAGAGGAUGAAUUUGAGGAUUUUAAGUGUACAAACCAUCCAAAGAAGAUGAAACUAGCUAACCAUAGGCCUCCAAAAAGCAAGAAGAUCAAAGUUAGACAAAAAGUUGAUCGGAAUGCUUUACCUAGUUAUUUAAGUCCAACAGAGAGUAGCUCAAGAGCUUGAAGAGUUAAGUAUACUUCGUCAGAAAGUAUAAGGAAUCGUAAAUAAUAAUCUUAUAUCUUCAGAGCAUUUCAGUCUGUCUAAUAAAAGCAAGAAAAGAUCAAUACCUAGGACAAAGAAAUUUAAGGAAGAUCACUUUUCGUUUAGCUUUUCUCAAGUGGUUAGUCCAGUGAGUAAACCGAGGAAGCCUCGGGCUGCCUCAGCUAAUAGCCAAAGGAGCUCCCAUAAGUUCACAUUAAGUUCUUUAGACAAGGAAAAGUAUGAGAAAUCUAGGCAGAAUUUUGAGCAAUAUCGGCUUAAAAAUUUAUAAAUUUUACC